AUGUUAAGAUUUUCAAGAAAUUUUGCUUCUUCAUCAAUUAAAUCUAAUUUUGCUAAGGCUCAAUUGGUUGGUAGAGUUGGUAAUUUUGAAUUUAAAGAAAGUGUAAAUGGUGUACCUUAUGCUACUUAUUCAUUAGCAGUUUCAAAAGGUCCAAAAGAUCAACAAACUACUAAUUGGUUUAAAUUAUCUGUAUUUGAUAAGAAUCAAUUAGAAAGAUUAGAAAAAACUUUAAGAGUUGGUAAUUUAUUAUAUGUUGAAGCAAAUUUACAAAAUCAAAAAUUUGAAGAUCCAGAAACUCAAAAAACUUCAAUUAGAACUAAUUUUGUUCAAAGAAAUUUUGAGGUUAUUAGUUGGGGUAAAAAACAAGAAGGUGGUGAAGGAGAAGUUGAAGUUGAAGUUGAAGAAUCUAAUUAA